ACAACAAAACAAACAAAUUAAACCAAGAAAAAAGAAAAAAGAAAAAAUUGAUACACAAAGGAAAAAGAAGAAUAAUGGUGACACUAGGCAUGAAAAUACCAUGGACCAUCCAAAUGUCCUCUUUUCAUGCAAUGCUGGUGGUGUUUUUGGUGCUUUCAUGUUUUAGGGUUGAGAUUUGUUAUGGACAAGCAGGCGGCGGGGACGGUGAUGGUGAUGGUGCGGUGGCGGCUCCUCCUCCCGAGCAAGAAGACUGUGACGGCAUCUUCUUGUCGUACCAGUUUACGUCAAGGGAGAAGGAGCUGCCUCACUUGAAAAACGUAUCUGCGCAGGCUUGGGCAUUCAAGUCGGAGGCCACCAUCUUGAACGCCGGGUCGACGGAGCUCAAGGCGUGGAAGAUGUACAUAGGGUUCCAGCAUCGGGAGAUUUUGGUGCAGACGGACGGGGCUCUGCUGGUGGACGGCGGUGAUCUGCCCGCGCAGAUUGGGACCAAAGGGGCCACCUUUGCGGGGAACCCCAUGACGGAUUUGAAGACCAUGAUAGAUACCGCAGGAGAUUACACCCAGAUUCAGAGUAAGAUCAAGUUCAAGGGGACGCAGUUUGGGCUCGGCACUAAGGCUACUCCCAUGCCCAAGUCCCUCAGCCUCGUCAACGACGGCUUCAAGUGCCCUAAUGCUCGGAUCCGCGGGAAGACUACAAUGUUCGUGUGCUGCAGAAAGGACCCAAAAUUCAAGGCAAAGAAAAUCGAAAAAACCAAAUUCAUGCCCAAGCAGAACGGUGAUCUCUCCAUCACAUACGACGUGCUCCAAACCUUCGCAAACAACUACCUCGCUCAAGUGACCAUCGACAACAUCCACCCGCUUGGCCGCCUCGACCACUGGAACAUCACUUGGGAGUGGAUGAAGGGAGAGUUCAUCAACAACAUGAGAGGAGCCUACACUCACAAGAAGGACUCAACCGAGUGUCUCUACGGCAUGGCCGGCAAAUUUUAUAAGGACUUGGACUUCUCUCAGGUCAUGAACUGCGAAAAGAGGCCCGUCAUCACUGACCUUCCUGCCGAUCGAAAGGACGACCCUAAGGUCGGAAAACUGCCCCGCUGCUGCAGAAACGGAACCAUCUUGCCCGGCCUCAUGGACAAGAGCCAGUCCCAGUCUAUCUUCCAACUGCAAGUCUUCAAGCUCCCGCCUGAUGACAACAGAACCGCCCUCACUCCACCUCAGAAAUGGAAAAUCAACGGUGCCCUGAACCCUUCUUACAAAUGUGGUCCUCCAAUCAGAAUCGACCCCACCCAAUUCCCCGACCCCAGCGGGCUCCAGGCCACGUCAGCCUCCGUCGCUAGCUGGCAGGUGGUGUGCAACAUUACCAAGCCGGCGGUCCCCAGAUGCUGCGUCUCGUUCUCAGCCUAUUACAGUGACUCUGUGGUGCCAUGCAGCACGUGCGCCUGCGGAUGCAAAACCACCGAGACAGACAAAUGCAGCCCCAGAGAGCCUGCCAUGCUUCUUCCAGCUGAAGCUCUGCUUGUGCCUUUCGCUAACAGAACAGAGAAGGCAAAAGCUUGGGCCAAAAUCAAACGUUAUGACGUGCCCAAGAAGCUGCCGUGCCCUGACAACUGUGGGGUGAGCUUGAAUUGGCACAUCGACUCGGAUUACAGCAAUGGAUGGACUGCAAGGCUCACUCUCUUCAACUGGGGAAAAGACCCUUUCCAAGAUUGGUACACUGCCGUGAAGAUGAACAAGGCCUACGAAGACUAUGAAAAUGUCUACUCGUUCAACGGAACCAGGAUGGAGAAGGAAGUUAACAGCACCAUUAUGUUCACAGGGCUCAAGGGCUUGAAUUACUUGAUCGGGCUUAAGAACGGAACUGACCCGAAGAAGAAUCCGAUGGUUCCCGGGAAGCAGCAGUCGGUGGUCUCGUUCAAGAAGAAGCACUUUCACAAUAUUGAUAUCAAGGCCGGUGAAGGGUUCCCAACAAGGGUGUUGUUCAAUGGAGAAGAGUGUGCAAUUCCAAAACGGUUCCCCAGGAACAACGCACAGCAUCUAAACUCUAAUGCCCUUAUGGUCUUAUGUAUAGCCAUCCUGACUUUCUUGUUCAUGACAGAUCGCUUCCACUGAUGAUGAUCAGCAACGCUAAAUUCUAUCUGCAGCUGCAAGAAGAUGGAUGUCUAUGCACUGAGGCUGAUAAAGAAAUAUGUAUGAGUGAUGCUACCUUGAUUUCGAGACCUCUCGAUACUCCAACUCGAAGAUGAGGAGAUUGUAACAUGUCAAAAACAAAAUGACAAACAGACGAUAUCAUAAUUUGUAUAACAUUUUAACUGCAAAGUAGUUAUUAUAUACAAAUGAGGAUCGAUC